CGGUUCUGUGGUUUAAAAUGAAUUGGUGCUCAUCGUCAUGUCACAGCAAGGCAAAAGGGUGGGAGGAACUUAAACGGCGCUGCAUUUUUGGUCGACGUUCUGUACUGUAGUCUCGUGACAAAUACCUCGCAAUUAACGUGGAAUUCAACGUUAAGCUUCUAUACUGAUAAAACACAAUGUCUUUAGACGAAAGAUUCAACAAAGCUACAGAGGAAGUUAAGGGGCUAAGUUCCCAACCUUCGGACAAUGAUAUGCUUGAUCUGUACUCUUUAUACAAGCAAGCAACUGUGGGGGACUGUAAUACACAGAGACCAGGCAUGUUUGAUUUUAAAGGCAAAGCCAAAUGGGAUGCUUGGGAUCGUAGAAAGGGUACAAGUCAAGAUGAUGCAAAGGAACAAUAUAUUAAAAAAGUAGAACUAAUUGCCGAACUAAUUGCCGAAGAAAUAAUAGCCAAGAUUGGCAAGCAAUAAUUUCUAUUGGCACAAGAUUUCUAACACAAAUAUUUUAUGCACAUUAAUUAUUUGUAUUGGAAUUUUAUCAGAUUCUAGAAAUUUCUUACUCUUGCCAAUAUAUAAAAUAUCGAAAAAUAAGAACUGUUAUACACACCAGACUGCAAUAGUUGCAAAAUAUUUAAAUACUUUUUAAAGAAUUGUAUUUUUAAGUAUUUUUUAUCAGUUGAUAACGUAUGAUAAGGUAUCGCAUAUAUGGCCCUGUUUCUUACAAAAUUUGAGUAGCUUUUAUAUCGAAAUAAAUGUAUAUAAAAUCAAUUGAUACGCGGAGGAAUUGACGAUUCGAGUACAUUAAUCUGCGAUUUUCUAUUACGGUAAUUGAAUUUAUUUUUUCUAUUAUUGUUAGGCUCGCUAGAUACAACUUCAUUCCUGUUUACUCAAGAGCCACAGAUGCACUAAUUCACUCACCGACACACUAUGUAACUGUUGUAUACACAAUCUUUAGAACAUAGAUUAGGAUUUCUUUUACCAUCAUCACAGCACAUAAUACUAAAAUGAUUAAAAAAAAGAAACGACCAUUUUCAUUUCAGGACAUUUUUUUAUAUCAUUUGUUUAGCUUUUUUUUUUAUAUUCGCUACAUAUUAGGCGAAUCCAUAAAGUGAAUUUGCAAUUCAUUUAAGCCUGUUUCAACGAAAAAGAAUAAAUAAAAGUUCUUUACAUAUAACGAUACAACGAAUAUUCAUAUCCCGAGAUUGGUCCCACGACCCGGAUUUCCAUCUUGAAAGAGAAAAAUGGCGAACAAUGGUUUGGAAUCGACAGAAAGUAAGUAAAUACUAGUGUGUAUUAAUAAUGUAUUUUUCCACGUAAGUUUAACAUUUCUUUCUUAUCAUUAUAUACACAUACGCAAGAAACUAACUAAAAGAAACAAUAGGAUUACGACACUUAAAUGUUUGGGAGGAAACGUAUCCGCGAUAGUAACAGAAAAUCCUAGUUCUGUAUCCCUUUUUCACGGUUCGUCUCUAAAAAGGAACACAUUAUGCCAUUCAUCCAACGUGAACGUUACACUGCUAUCAGGAACGACGAGUCCACGGUAGAUGUUAGUGUUAUUGAAAUAUAUGCAUAUAUGUAAUCGUAGUACAAUUUUAUGUUUAAGAGCACUGGUUAUGGCUGCAAAGUUAAACGUGCCUUAAAAGAACGUAUAUGUCCGCGUAAAAUGCGUUCACGUGCGUGUGUCCCUUUCUGCGAGUUAAACUCAAUUCCAAGCGUUCUCGAGUUCUCGCGACUUACAAAUAUUACGUAACUUACGAGAUAUCAAAUUAAUUAAUUCUCUAAAAAACUAGGAUAAGCGAAACUUACCGUAUAAAUGUAACGUGUCAAAUAUUUCAAACGGAAACGAGAAAGUGCUGUUUAUAAAACGCGAAGGAAUCCGGCAUACGCAAUCUCUCUUCUUCCGUAGACACUAUGAUCGAAGAAAAUGAGAGCUCUUUCGAAUAUUGUGAUCAACUUCUUAGCGAAUUUUUAUUAAUCGUUUCAAGCCGAACAAAUAGUCAGUCGAAAGCUAAGCUACUAAUACACGUUCUUUUUUCUUUACAAAAAAUUGCUUUAUUUACCCCUGAGGGGAUGAUGGGGGGUUACGACACCGAACACGUUUCUUUACUUUGACGACAGUAAAAACGACGUUAAUUAGGAAUUAAGACGGAAAUUUACAUCAGCUCCGUAAUGGAAUACACAUAUGUAUGCGUGUAUGUAGGUAUGUAUGUGUCUGAUAGAUAAAUGAGAGACUAAUAUAAAAAAAAAAAAAAAAAAAAAGUAAACGAAAGACGGGAAGAACGGAAAAGAAUGAGAGAAGGCUGCAUCUGUGAGGCCUCUAUAUUCUCUUACUCUUGUCUGUG